AUGGUUAAAAAAUUUAUCAAUAACUGUGAAGUAUGCGCAAAAGUUAAAAUAACAAAAUACACAAAAGAACAGUAUGACAUAACUGAAACACCAAACACAUCCUUUGAAGUCAUAACAAUUGACACAGUAGGCCCACUUAUACCUUCAAAUAAUUUCAGAUAUAUUUUGACACUUCAGUGUGAAUUAACGAAAUUCAUAGAAGCAAUACCUUUAAAAAAUAAAGAAGCUAUCAGCGUUGCUAAAGCAAUUGUUGAGAAAUUCAUUCUUAAAUAUGGUUGUUUCAAAAAGAUGAAAACCGAUAAAGGUACUGAAUUUACAAACGAACUUCUAAAAAAUAUUUGUAAACUAUUAAAAAUAGAAAAAACCACUUCAACACCAUUCCAUCAUGAAACAUUAGGGACAGUUGAGAGAAAUCAUAGAGUUUUAAAUGACUACUUAAUGACCAUGAAAUCAGUAGAUACAUGGGAUGAAUUAUUACCAUACUAUGUUUACAGUUAUAACUCGACUCCGCACACUACAACAAAUUACACUCCAUUUGAAUUAAUAUUUAUGAUGGAAUUUGUGGACUUAAAGUCAAAACGAAUAAGCAAGGAGCAGAAACAAGUGCUGGUCCAGCAUAUGGAAGAGCAUAAAGAUUUCGCUCAUGACAGAUUUGUGUCAGAUCAUGGUGCGCGAAGUCUUAAUGAACAGUGGAGCUCUCUAGCUGCUAUUUUAAAUGCCGUUGGUGGAGCAGUUAAAGAUGCCAAUGGUUGGAAGAAGGCAUGGGUCAACAUGAAAUCCAAAAGCAAGAAGAAAGUACAGGACUAUAAACAUGCAAUGGGACUGACUGGAAAUGCGUCCGUUGGCAUUAAGGAUUUAACUGAUCUAGAUGAACGGAUUAUUGCAGUAAUGCAUCCAGUAGCGGUGCAAGGCAUGGAAGAUGUCUGCGAGCUAGCAAUGCACUUUGAAAGUGACAUUUCAGGUUGUUAUGAUUUAGAGUGCCUUGAGGAGGGAAAGGAACUGCCAAGCGGUUCAGGUCCAUCUGUUGGGGGUAACGAUGAGGGUUGUGUGCCUAUUCGACCUAUUCCAGUCCAGCCAAGCGACGAAAGCGAAAUCCCUCAUUAG